CCGACAGAUCCGAUGGCUCGAUUUCCUCGACAUACCACCGCCACCGGACCUUAUUUUCAUAAGCGCUGUACUUCUCGCAUCUGGGUACCCGGGUACGAAUUACUCCGUACCCUUCUAAUCCAGGAAUCCCACGACAACCCUACCUUAGGACAUUUCGGCGUCGAUAAAACCACGAAGAUGCUGCAGCGGAAUUAUUACUGGCCGAACAUGGCCGAUGACGUGCGCAAGCACGUGUCCUCCUGCACUGCCUGCCAGAUUAUGAAAUCGUCGCAUCUGCGAGCAGCCGGACUACUACAGCCGUUGGAUCCGCCCGAGCGACCCUGGCAACAAGUCACGAUGGACUACGUGACAGGACUGCGGCCGGCCCCAGCGGAAACGACGCCAUCCUCGUGGUCGUUGACCGACUCACGAAAAUGGCGCACUUCAUCGCCUGCCAACAGACAAUCACAGCCGAACAAACCGCGCAGCUGUUCCUCACGAACGUCAUCCGACUGCAUGGCCUGCCCUCUGCCAUCAUUUCAGAUCGAGACCCGAAAUUCACGUCGAAUUUCUAGCGCCACUUGUGGGAGCAGUUCGGCACCAAACUACAGAUUUCCUCCGCCUACCACCCAUAGAAUGACAGGCAAACCGAACGAGUCAACCAAACUAUGGAACAACUCAUUCGGACUACCUGUACUGACCCACAGACAUGGGAGAAAUCCCUUCCGCUGCUAGAAUUCGCGUAUAAUAACGCGACCUCUGCCAC